CACUGAGAGGAUCCCAAGGGCAAGAAGAACAUCGUAGUCAAUUACCACAACUGACUCUCUGGUCAUCGGCGAAACCCGAAGCGGUAGUGUACUGUUCGAGUUGUUCGUUUAUCCCGGCACCGGCGCCGCCCACUUCCCUACCCUAAAACGCUCCCAGCCCCGUCUCGUCAGCAGCCAUGGCGUCAAUGCGGGACGCCAUGCGGCGUCUGCAAGUCGUCUACGAAGCUUGUGCGCCCGAACCCACGGCGGACGAAGGCGCCGACGGCAAAAAGAUCGAUGAGUUCACACGGAUACGCAAAAAGAUCCAUCUGGACGUCAAGGAAGUCCGCAAUGAGCUCAAGGAGCGUGAGGAGAUCAUGUCGUUAGGAGGCACCACGACGGAGAGUGCGGAGAAGAGUUACCGCAUUAGAGUGGCGAUUAGGGCACUGAAGGAGCAGGCGUCGCGGAUGGCGGAGAUUGUUGCGAAGGAGGAACGGAAGAAAAAGAAAGAUCCAGAAUCUGUGGCGAAUCUAGCUCAACGGCGUGAGAUCCUCGAUCUUUGCCAAAAACACAUCGAAGAGUGCGAGAAUCUCGAGAAACGGCGGUUCAAUGAGGGGCAUGUCGCCGACCGGAGCGAGUUGCUGGCGGGAGCAAGACCACCCGAACGCCGUCGGGGUAGAGGCAACAAAGCCGCCGAUCCAGAGGAGCCACCACCAGACCCGUUCACAAACACAGAUCUGCCGGACAUCGACGUAGAGGAGGAUUUCAAACGGAUUGGGGAGCGUAACAAAUUGAUCGACAACGAUCUGGAUCAGAUAGGUGCUGGUGUGGCUAAGCUGAAGGAGUUGGCUAAUGAGAUGGGGAAUGAGCUGGACCGGCAAAACGAGCAACUAGACAACAUCGAGCGAGGGGUGGAUGGGGCUUUAGAUCGCGUAGACAAUCUGAAUGUGAAAAUGCGCGUGGCUGUCGAUAAGGUCAUGAAAGGAGACAGGUUUAUAGUAAAUUGCGUGCUGAUGUGUGUCGUGCUAGCGCUCGUCGCAUUCAUCUCCGGUCAGUUCGCAACGUGACCUGUCCUACAUGGGACGCAGCUGCUAC